GGGGGAAUUGUGGCUCUCUUGCACUAGUUUGCCCGUCAAGGAUUCCUGCUUCCGUUUGCGGGCCAUGGCAUUGCGCCCUCAAGGCCGCGCAUGCCCAGUUUAGAGGGGAGAAUCCCGCUUUCCUCCCCGCCAGUUAAUAUUUGGGACUGCGGUACCGUCCGCUCCGGCUUCCACCGGGCGAUAAGUGAACGUGGCGCCCCCUACACGCCACGGAAAUGUUGCGCUAUUGUGCUUGCUGAGAAGGAAAUAGACAGGCGACUGGAAAAGAAACUGAAAAUCUCCCAGAAGGAAAGGAAAUCCAAGUCCCCACCCAAAGUGCCGAUCGUCAUUCAGGACGACAGUCUUCCUUCGGGCCCGCCUCCGCAGAUCCGGAUCUUGAAGCGGCCCACCAGCAACGGAGUGCUGACUAACCCCAACUCUUCCAGCCGACCUGCCUUCCCGGUGAAGUCCCUGGCCCAGAGGGAGGCCGAAUACGCGGAGGCCAGGAAGCGGAUUCUCGGCAGUGCCAGUCCCGAAGAGGAACAAGAGAAGCCCAUCCUUGAUAGGCCCACAAGGAUCUCCCAGCCGGAAGAGUCCAGGCAGCCCAGCAAUGUGAUCCGGCAGCCACUGGGCCCCGACGGUUCGCAGGGCUUCAAGCAACGCAGAUAGGCUUGGCUGGCUGACCAGCCAGUAUGAAAGCAAGGUGCCCCUCCUCCUCAGCAGACCAAUGGACCUGAGCCAUAGGGGCGGGACUUGCCCCAAGCGUCCCCUUGGCUCUUUGCCUCUUGUGACCCUCGGCCCAGGCACUGGGACUCCUGCUGUGCCUCCCCGUGGUAUUGACAUGCCAAGGAGGCUGCACCGAGGGAGGGGCAGGCUUCUCUUCCAGGGGGGCGGGUUGCCACAUCUUGCUGCCCGCUGAAGCGAGCCCGCCCCCGCAAAGGAAUGACUUCUCCCGUUGGCUCCCUCCGGGGUCGGAAGCAGGAGGGGGGGGAGGGCUCUGCUUCUCAACAUGUGCAUGUCGGUGCGUGUUACACUUGGAGCCAGGUGCAGACGGGGGCGGGUGGGCGGAAGGUGUACACACCAAGGUUUGCUUUGGGGGGACGGGGUGGCCCUGGAGCCGCACGCAUGGGAAGAAGACAAGGGGGUGUGUUAGCUGUGUAACCUGUUUAUCUGAGAAACGGUAGUUGCUAGUGUUCCGAAAGGAGAGGGAGGUGGGGGAAAGUGGCGGCGGGCACCCCCUGCCUCUUCCCGCUCGCCGCCGCUUCAGAGUGAACGAACGGAGGGCGCUCCGGCCCGUCUUUCCAGCAGGCCACUUCGUGAGCCGGCAGGGGCCCCUGUGUCUCUGCCUCUGUGGGACAAGCUGGGGCCCCUCCUCUGCCUUGAGGGCAGAAGGGAUCGCCCUGCCCUCCCAGUCUUCACCAGCACUCCCUUCGCCUCCUGGCGCUGCUUCCAGGCAAAGAUGGGGCAGCCCUGCUUUUUUGCCACUAGGACUCUUGAGCUAGGAAUAGAGUAGUCCCUGUCUCCCAUCUUGUCCUGCCCGGUUCUUGGGAGGAAACGGGCGGCGGGCCAAGUGUUGCUUGUGCUGGCCACGGACGGACGUCAGGCCAGCCGGGGGCCCCGAGCAGUGAGGCAUUAGGCCCGUUUGUUCUUGAUCAGUCUGCUAUCUGGAAGGCAAAGGGGGGGGGGGAAGCAAGGUUCAGAUUUCCUUCCCGCUCAAAAUGGGACGGGUCACAAACGCCUCAGAGUAACAGGCCCGAUGGCGUAGAACCGUUUUUCAAGAUGGCCUGGGAGAAUGGGUUUGCAGUGAUGGGAGGGUCACGUCGUGGCUUGUGGACCCCAAAGCAAUACUCUUAGCUUUUUCCCAGGUGGUUAGACAAAAGACACCGGAGGGGCUGGUUAGGAGACCCGCCACGGGCGGCCGAUGCCAAGUGUCGGACCAGCUGGGGCUUUGCGCACUAGCAGCCAUAUUGAGGGAGGGGGCCCUCCCUCCCUCCCCCACCACUUCCAGGUGCCUGGGCUAGCUCGCUUCACUGUGUUUUCCCAAGUCUGCCUUUUUGGUUUUGCUGUCUGGUUUUGGGAGGAGAGAACCGGUGUAGAAAGGGACACCUCUGUGGUUUGUCAAGGGAAUCCCACAGGUCUUCUCCUCUUCUGCUGGAAGUGAAGGAAGACCUCGGCCGGCAGUGGGCCGUACAGGAACGUGUAAGUGUCUCUUGUGUGUCGGGGGUGUGUGUGUGUGUGUGGGGAGGGUGUGCGCUGAAAGGGUGUCUCUUUGUACAUCAACACAGGACGCGUACCAAAAUACUGCAGAAGAAGUAAACUGGUCAAAAGAGUAAUAAUAGAAAUAAAACUACCUGUGUACAAAAACGCGGAAAAAAAACAA